AUCCCUCCCUGAGCGCUCCCAUCCGGACCCAUUCCAAUUUCCAUCUCCAAGUCCGAACGCAGCGGCGAAUUUUACCAUGACGUUGUGGGACGAGACUCGGUUAUUGAUUACCUGCCGACCAUUUUGUGAUUCCGGGCCCCGUGCUAUCAACAAAAUGGACCAAUUGGGGAGCAGAACACGCAAACGCGGUGGGCGUGGCGGCGGGGGAUCGAACAAAAACUAAUCGCCGGACCGAGUUCUCCCGACGGCUGCCGCGAUACCAUCAGUCGGUCCGAAACGCUCGCUGUUCGUGGAUGUGCUUGUGCGAAAACAGUUGCGGUCAACUCCGGAUGAACCGAUUGUAAGAGGUCGCGCUCGGUGCGGACUGUGCCGGUUGUACUUCUGGUGGACGGUUCUUUGACGUGCAGUUCGUAUGGUGAUGUCAGAGCAAGGCGGACUGGCCAUGCACCAGUUACCGAUGCACCACAGGGGUUUGGUGCAGCCGAGCCUUGUGAUGAACCCGCAUCCUAUCAACAAUUCUUGCUCGAUGGACUCGCAAAACAAAAAACCGCGACAACUCAGCUACUGUGUGGGUUGCGGUGGGCAAAUCCAUGACCAGUACAUCCUAAGGGUGGCACCGGACUUGGAGUGGCACGCAGCGUGUUUGAAAUGUCAGGAAUGUCAUCAAUUCCUGGACGAAAACUGUACGUGUUUCGUUCGGGACGGAAAAACGUACUGCAAAAGGGACUAUGUGAGGUUGUUCGGGACGAAAUGUGACAGGUGCGGUUCGGCGUUUAGCAAAGAAGAUUUCGUGAUGCGGGCAAAAAGCAAAAUUUAUCACAUAAAGUGUUUCAUUUGUUGUGCUUGUUCUCGGCCGUUGAAACCGGGGGACGAGUUCGCGUUAAGGGACGGUGGCGAUUUGUAUUGCAAGCAGGAUCAUGACCAUAUGGAGAAGACGUCGGUGCCGACGCCUCCGCAUCUACCAUCCGCGGAGAGUAACAACAAUACGAGUUUGAGCAACAACAAUCAUAGCAGUAAUUCGAUGGAGCUGGGAUGCAUGUCAGAUUCCGGUUCGGAAAGCGGGUCUCACAAGGGUGGCGGCGGCGGCCUCCGGAAAGGCUCCGGGGGCGGCGGCGGCGGCGGUAGCGACGGCAAGCCGACGCGAGUGCGCACUGUCCUGAACGAGAAACAGUUGCACACGCUAAGGACGUGUUACGCAGCCAAUCCUCGGCCCGAUGCCUUGAUGAAGGAGCAGCUGGUCGAAAUGACGGGACUUUCGCCCAGAGUCAUCAGGGUUUGGUUCCAGAACAAGAGGUGCAAGGAUAAAAAAAAGACUAUACUGAUGAAGCAGCAGAUGCAACAGGAGAAGGAUGGCCGAAAGCUGGGUUACGGGGCGAUGCAAGGUAUCCCCAUGGUUGCGUCGUCGCCAGUUCGACACGACUCGCCCAUCGGUGUCCUCCCUUUGGAAGUCCAAGCAUACCAACCUCCGUGGAAAGCCCUAUCAGAUUUCGCCCUUCACGCUGAUCUCGAGCAGCCCCAUCAGCCGGCCUUUCAGCAACUCGUCAACCAGAUGCACGGCUACGACCUCCCGCCCCCAUCCAUGGGCCCAGCGACGGGUCCGCCGCCCGGGAUGCUGCCGUCGUCGGCGCCGCCGUCUGACGUCAUGACGCACCCCGACAGCACCGACAGCUACGUUACCUACCUCGAAAGCGACGAGAGCGCCCGCCAGUCCCUAACACCCCCACAACUAGCCGUCGCCGCUUCCGCCCCUGAACGCUCUAACACCCCUGCUCGCCGCCUCUUUCCUCUUCUACCACCGCCGCCGAAUGCUCGGCGGGCGGCUAGGCACGCCGCCGCCGUAACCAUGGAUACCACCUUCCUGCAGGGGAGAGGCACGACGAACAAUCACCUUGUUUUUUAAAUUGUUAAUUGUUGACUGGAAAUGGCCAGCGAAGCGCGCGAUUCGAAAGAAAAUCAAAAUUUUUAACACAUAUCGCCGUUUCUUCUGAUUUUGUUCUGCACGGACGUGGAAAUAAGCGUGGGCAGUGAGGACGCUUCGGUGGCCAGUUCUCGGUGUCUUUAUUGUGUUGCGAUGUUCUGUCUUUAUUAUAUUAACUAUUGAUGUUUUGUUGAUGUUGUUACUGUCGGGGUAAGCGUGAAGCAGUUUUCUACUAACACUGUACCAUAUUGUAAAAUUUAUAUAUCUAUAAUGUAACAUUUGAUUGUACAAUUUGUUAUGAAAUCUAACUUUGUCGCUAAUUUGUAGAUGUUAUUAAUUUUAGAUUUACUACUGUGCAUUCGAAUGUAUGAUAUUUUUACAGAGCUCUGUAUCACAUAAUUUAUUGCAAUGGAUUUAUAAAAAAUUGUAUUUGAUAAGAAAUAA